AUGGCGCAGCAGCAGAUUCAGCGGGUUCAGCCAGUGAACAAGCCAUUGGAGCACUCUCCCAAGCCGGAAAAAGAGAUGCUGGAGACGGCAGUGCGCAAGCCGGAAAACGAGAUGCUGGAGACGGCAGUGCGCAAUGCCCUCCGAGAGUUGCCGGCGCCGCUGAGCGCCCACGACAUCGAGGCGGCGGUGGGGCGGGCGGUACGCGAAGCGGACACAGGUUUUGCCCAAAAGCUAGACGCGCUGCAGCGGUCGCUAGAGAGGACGGAGGCGGCGCUCGGCGCCCUCACACUAUCGGUGCAGGCCCGCCAAAAGGCCGACCUCGAGCAGCAAAAGGCCCUCCUCGUGCAAAUCGAGACGCUGACCGCGGCUGCGUUCGGAGAACGUUUGCCGCCGAGGCGGGCGAGCGACGUCUCGGACGCAACCACAAUCGCACGGUCUUCCGCCGUGGACGUGUCCACGGUCGUCGACAUCACCAAGGACAACAUGAACAACGACUCCGAGGAUUCUGCUGCUCAGCUCGAGGCUGCAGAGCUCGCCCGCCGCGGCGACUCGUUCUACUUUGAUGCGCUGCUGUGA